AUGUAUUCUCCUACCGGAACUCCUAGUUAUAAAGCUCCUGAAAUACUAUUGGAAAUCGGAUAUACACACGAAGUUGACAUGUGGGCAGUUGGAAUAAUAUGUUAUUAAAUAUUAAGUGGAAACCAUCCUUUUAAGAAAAAAUAAGAAUUUUCAUUAGAAGAAAUUAACUUUAAUAUUAAAAAUACAAAGUAUGAUUUUAAAGAUUAUGUUUGGAAUGAU